AGCAGUUGCAGCAGCAGUUCUCUCAGAAACAGGACGUGUGUGUGUGUGUGUGUGUGUGUGUGAAAGAGAGAGGGAGAGAGUGUGUGUCCCAGUAUAUCUCUGUACGUGUGUGUGUUCGGUCAACGGAGCCACACACACACGCGAUUUUUUUUUUUCGUCUUUUCUUCUGUGAAUCGCGUGAAUUUUUUCUCACAGAAUCUCACUGUGGAUUUGUUCUGAACCGGAACCGGAGCGGGAGGAGCAGGAGCAGGAGGAGCAGAAGGGGCAGCAGGAGCGGGAGCAGGAGGAGUAACGGCUCUCACCGGAGCUCAGUCACGGUCUGUGAGUGUGAUGGAACUCCUGACCCUGUGAGAGGGGAGGAGGACAAAAGAGCGAGGGAGGAGGACGAAUAACUCCAAAGGAAGGAGGAAGAAAGAGGACAAAAGAGAUUCCUGCUCGGCGCCAGGCGAGGACAAGAGUGGGCGGAGACGGAGAGGGAGGGAGGGAGCUUUGAAAAGAAGGAUUUGCUGGAUCUGUUGGGGGUGCAUGCUCCUCCCCCCUGACCCCCCCUCCUCCUCCCACUUGGACGUCGUCCUCUUGUUUCUUUUUUCUUGGCCGAUAACAAAGGUGAAGAAUGUGGGGUGAAGUGAGAGUGGGCCCCCUGCUGGUGACCAGGGUUCUGGACGUGAGACUCUCCAGGACGUGCGCUGUGCUGCUCUUCUCACUCGUCACCAUGGCGACCUGGCUGCAGCCGCCGGUCCACGCCCAGGUGGAGAUCGACGCACUGAGAGAGGGCGUGGUGUUGCCGGAGGCGGGAGUGCGCGGCGAGCUGGAGGCGUCCAUGUCCUCGUCUCUCCUGCAGGAGUUCCGGGAGGUGACGGAGCGGAUCGGGGCGAUGGAGGGCGGAGCUCAGCAGAACAGUGCCCCGCCCACUGCCUUCCCAGACUCCUCAGCGGUGGUGGGUCGAGUCUUCCAGAUGAAGGUGCCAAACAAGAUGGAGGACGUUUACGUGGGCGAUGUCGUUGAGAUGACUGAGAUGGCGAAGGAUUCUCUGCCCGUGUGGCUGCACUGGGACGCCAGCAGCCGAGUCCUGCAGGGUCUCCCUCUGGAGGAGGACAAAGGCGUCCAUUACAUCUCCGUGUCCAUCUCCAACAACACCAAAUCCACAUCCGCUGAGGUCUUUUCCAUUGAGGUACACCCUGAAGAUCACUCGGACUCGGACGCAGCCCAGUCAGGGUCCAACCGAGCCCCCACCAAAGACGCUGUCCAGCCGUACAUGUGUGGCAACGAGGAGCCUGUUACUGUUCUGACGGUGAUUCUGGACGCUGAUUUAACCAAGAUGAACUCGCAGCAGAGGGUGGAGCUCCUGGAUAACAUGAAGGUUUUCUCAGGGGUGGAGCUGCAGCAGAUGAAGAUCCUCCCUGUGGUCAACAAUCGGCUGUUUGACAUGUCUGCUUUCAUGGCCGGGCCAGGAAAUGCUAAAAAGGUGGUGGAGAAUGGUGCUCUGCUGUCGUGGAAGCUCGGCUGCUCACUGGACCAGAACACCGUCCCCAAUAUCAACAGCGUCCAGGCUCCGGCGAAGGAGGGCACAAUGUCGGCCAUGCUCGGUUACCCGGUGGUGGGAUGGCACAUUGCCAACAAGAAACCUCAUGUCCCAAAGAGAGUUAGGCGGCAAUUAAACAACACUCCUACACCUGUUCUGGCUGUGGUCCCCCCGACGACUGUCGUGGAGCCUCCGGUGAGGAUUAUCCCAACUCUGUCCUCCCCGUCUAUAGCUGCACCAACUGAAAGCUCUGCUCCUCCUGUACGAGGCCCAGUUCCCCUUCCAGGAAAGCCUACAAUCAAAGUCCGUGACUCGAUUGCCCACACUCCCACACUGGGACCUCCUCAACCAACACGGGUGAUGGAGACCACCAGCACAAUCCCCAUCCAGGCGACUAUGACCAGGCCUAUUUAUGUGGAAGCCACAGCCACACCAUCCACACCCACCAGGCGACCUACCAAGAAACCCAAGAGGCCUAAAACCACACCUGUGCCCAGAGAGCCAAAGACCUCAACAGCAAAACCGGCCGCACGCACCACCCCGUCACCUGGCAUCAUCCCAGAUCCAUACAAUCACAAGCCUAUAUUGAGUAAUCCCCUCGACCAGGUCGACGCAUUGGUCGGCACGUAUUUCGAGGUUAAGAUUCCAUCUGAUACGUUCUUUGACAAAGAGGACGGAUUAACAGAAAAGCUACGUCUCACCUUGAGACAGAACCACAAUGAAGUGGUGGGAGAAGGUUCUUGGAUUCAGUUCAACACCACCAGCCAACUUCUCUAUGGUCUACCUGAUGUGCAGCAUGUGGGAAAACAUGAAUAUUACAUGUAUGCCACAGACAAAGGUGGCCUCAAUGCAAUAGAUGCUUUCGAGGUCCGAGUAAACCGCUGGCCCGUCAAUGACAAGACCCCAGUGAUUUUCACGGCACGAUUGGAAGGGGAGCCGCGGUCGGUCACUCAUGACAUUCACAAGAAAAUCCUUCUGGUCAAAAAGUUGGCGUAUGCCCUCGGGGACCGCAACAGCAGCACAGUGAGUCUUCGGAAUAUCAGCAAAGGCUCCAUUGUGGUGGAGUGGACGAACACGAGCCUCCCACAGCAUCCGUGUCCUAGGGAACAGCUCGCUGUCAUGAGUAGAACCCUCGCCAACGCUGAUGGUAGGCCCUCACAGACAUUGAGAUAUGCGAUGGAGCCUGAAUUUAGACCCCUGGACGUCAGUGUCAAAGGAAGGGCGAGCUGCAGAAUGUAUUCCUUCAUCCCACCGGGAGAGAUUGAUAUUCCAGAUCCUCCAACUGUCACUCCAGGUCUGGGAUCAAGCCGGCACAGCACCGACGACGUCUAUCUCCACACCGUCAUUCCUGCUGUGGUGGUCGCAGCAAUCUUGCUAAUAGCAGGUAUCAUUGCGAUGAUCUGCUACAGGAAGAAGCGAAAGGGCAAGCUGACCAUCGAAGACCAGGCCACCUUCAUCAAGAAAGGCGUGCCCAUUAUCUUCGCGGACGAACUUGACGACUCUAAGCCUCCUCCGUCUUCCAGUAUGCCCUUGAUUCUGCAGGAAGAGAAGCCCCCACUUCCACCCCCCGAGUACCCCAACAUGGCCACACCAGAGACCACACCCCUAAACCAGGAAAUGCUAGGGGAGUACACAGCACUGCGGGAUGAGGACCCCAACGCCCCCCCAUACCAGCCGCCACCUCCCUUCACGGCUCCCAUGGAGGGCAAGGGCUCCCGUCCCAAGAACAUGACUCCGUACAGAUCUCCACCUCCCUACGUGCCACCCUAAGACUUGCUCAGCCCUCCCCUCGCAGGGAGGAGGGAGAGGAUGCCUGAGGAACUGCAAUGGUUUCCAUUCUGGUGUCUGUCUGGACAUUUACAGGGAGAGAUGUCAAAGAGGUGCUCAAGUACAACACAGUUACAAGGGGUUUUGGUUUGGGUGGGGGGGGUCGGGGACAGCUGGGAGGGACUACUGUCUUUUGUGGUAGCCCAGCUGCUACAGUGGCCUCAGACAAACACGUUCUGGUCAGCACUGGCUCUGGGGUGGAGACGAGCGCUUCUUUCCCAGCAGCAUUUCAUGAUUCUCCUCCGUUGAUUUGGCUUUAAUUUUCCUUUUUCAUCUUGAUCCAACAUUUUCAGACAUUUGCCUAAGAACUCUU